GGAGGGAAUUUGUGUGUUUCGCAUUUCCCAGCAGCAACUUGAACCGGAUUCGGCAAAGUCUGAGCGAAAGUGAAGCUGGAGCCUGUGAUCCGAGGCAGAAAGGAAGGUACAUUACGGAUAUGUCUUGGGACGCUGAUGCUUCCUUUGACGAACAGACCCAACAUAUUUUGUUGAAGUUUCUUCAAGAAAAUAAAGUUGAAAAUCGAACCUACCAACAAGAAAUUCAGAAACUUGAAAGUGAACUGAGAAAUGGAUCCAGAUUUGAUGAUGAUAUUCAGACGGAUGGUCACUGUCCUUCAGUACUUCAGCGGGCAGUCUUUCGUUCAUAUGAGGAACAAGCAAAUCGAGGUGAUGAAGAAUUGUACAGAGUUAUAGCUGCACAGUUGGUUGCGUUGGGAGAUGAAUUGGAUCAAAGUAUCAUUAAUCAUGCCUCGAUUGAAGAAUUUAUCCGUGCAAAUGAAACGAUGCAGCCCCAAGAGGAUGGAACCAGAAUUAUGUCUUCCAUGAUUGCCAGUUUAACCACUCAAAGAAAUGGCGUUACCCAAGAUAUGCCCCAGGAGAAAGUCUUCCUAUUACUGGCAAUGAUACUGUUCAAAAAAACUGUAGUAGAGAAACCUCUAUUGCUUCCACGCAUCUUCAGAACCACUGUCCAGUACAUUAGCAAUACACUCCAAAAUUAUAUCCAGAAUACUGGAGGAUGGCAAAAUAUACAUUGAGACAAGCAAGUAACAGAAAUACCUUCGAUACAAGUUUAGCCGAUUUCAUUUAUAUUCUUGUAAAACCAGGUUACAUGGAAGCCAUUUUAAGAAUCUUUUCAGUACUUUUGUUUUAUAAUAUGAAAUAACAAAUCUAUAGCUUUAACGAUCCUAACUGAAAACGGAAUGGAUUUAAAAGUAGAUAGAUAAUUGAGGCGUCACUAAAAAAAUGUUCCCAAAUGCAAUGAAAUUCUUGUAAUCUUUCUGAAUGCAUUCAGUUCUGUAUUCAAAUACUUGGUGAUUGCAAUUUCGAAAUUCAUGACAAUAUGAUUACAAAUACUAUAAGGAUAUUGCUUAUGUCUAGAAUAAAAAGUGUUAAAUUUACUGUUUUUUAAUUUAUAAUUUACAUGGGAAAAUUAACUGAAUUUAAAGAAUUACACCAUUUAAAUGU